GCCCUCGAUGAUCAUUACAAUGAACCUCACAUGUUUCAGGACAUGAAGUAAGCAAUGGAUAACUGUUCUGCCGCGUCGACCUACCUGACCGACAGCUUGGAACUGGAGCUGGGAACCGAGUGGUGCAAACCCCCUUGCUUUUCUUGCGCGUUUGACAACAGAGGAGGAGGGAAACAUUUUUCUGGAGAGUCCUACCUUGCCAGUGGAGCCCUUAAGCGAUUAAUUUUGAAUCUUGAUCCUUUACCAACUAAUUUUGAAGAGGAUACAGUGGAAAUAUUUGGCAUUCAGUGGGUUACUGAAACAGCAUUAGUGAAUUCAUCUAGAGUGCUAUUUCAUUUAUUCAGGCAACAACUCUAUAACUUGGAAACCUUAUUACCGGCCAGCUGUGAUUUUGGGAAGAUAUCAACCCUACACUACAAAGCAGACAAUAUUAGGCAGCAAUGCGUAACAUUUCUUCAUUAUGUUAAAGUUUUCAUCGUCAGGUUCCUGACAGUACAGAAUACUGAGAAUCAUGGUCCUGUUCAUCCCUAUGAGGUUUUGGAGGCUCAGCUUCCCUCACUGUUGGUUGAUGAGCUUCAUGGAUUACUCUUGUAUAUUGGACACCUAUCUGAACUUCCCAGUAUUAAUCCAGGAGCAUUUAUAAGUCAAAAUCAGAUUCAGCUUUUCCCACCAUCCUGGCAUUUAUUACAUCUCCACUUGGAUAUCCAUUGGCUGGUGCUAGAAAUUCUUCAGAUGCUUGGUGUAAAAUUGAAACAUGUUGUAUAUGGUCAUCAGUUUAUGAAUCUGGCAGGUGACAAUUUAACCAAUGUCAGUCUAUUUGAAGAGCACUGUGAAAAUCUCCUUUGUGAUUUAAUAAGUUUGUCACUCAACAGGUAUGACAAGGUUAGGGCUUUUGAAGCAUUAACGAGUGACCAUUGCCCAUGCCCAUGCAUUAAAGAACUAUGGGUUCUACUCAUUCAUCUUCUAGACCAAAGAAGUAAAUGGUCUCUCUCAGAACCGUUUUGGAACUGGUUGAAUAAACUACUUAAAACACUUUUUGAAACGUCAAGUGAGCAAAGAAGACCUGUGCUUGCUAUCCAGUCCAGGGAUCCACUGGGUUUUAGUUGGUGGAUUAUUACUCAUGUAGCAUCACUUUACCAAUUUGAUCGCCACGGAGCACCAGAUGAAAUGAGACAAAUGGAAUCAAAUUGGAAUUUUGUAGAAGAACUGCUGAAAAGGUCCAUCAAUGUUCAGGAUGGUAUACUAGAAGAGCAAUUACGAAUGUAUCUUCACUGUUGUUUGACACUUUGUGAUUUCUGGGAGCCAAACAUUACAAUUGUCACCAUUCUAUGGGAAUAUUAUAGUAAGAACCUGAAUAGUUCUUUCAGUAUUUCUCGGCUUCCUUUGAAAGGCCUUACAAAUAUUAUUAAGUCACCCUUGUCUAUGCUAGAAAUGGUGAAGACCUGUUGUUGUGAUAAACAAGAUUACGACCUUUGUAAAUCCAGAAGUAGUUACAGCAUCUUCCUUUGCAUUUUGGCAAAAGUCGUUAAGAAAGCCAUGAAGAACAAUAGUCCUCAUCCUUGGAAACAAAAAAAUGUGGACAUUGGUGUUUUGGCUGAAAAAUUUUCAGACGCUUUCCAGGCAAAAGCAAGGGAGUUCUUGGUAUCUAAGAAUGAUGAAAUGGGACAAAGACAGACUCUCUGGACACUUCUUUCCAUCUAUAUUGAUGGUGUUCAAGAAGUGUUUGAGACAAGCCAGUGUUUGCAUCCCUCCCAUGAAAAACUGCUUAAUGAUGGAUUUAGUAUGCUUCUGCCAGCUUGUCAAGAACCUGAACUUAGGACGGUACUGCACUUUCUACAAGCUGUUCUGGCUAGAAUCAGGAAUAUGCAUCAACAAUUGUGUCAGGAACUUCAAAAGGAAAAUGUGGACCUAGUUGUGCAGUCUUCAUUGUCGGCUAGAGAGCGCCACCUUGCUGCAGUUGCCAGUGCACUGUGGAGACAUUUCUUUUCAUUUUUGAAGGGUCAGAGAAUGUCACAAGCAGUGCCUUCCUCACAACUUGCAGAUGCUGCUGCAGAUUUUACUUUGCUAGCAAUGGACAUGCCCAGCACAGCUCCAUCAGAUCUUCAGCCUCAACCAGUUAAAGCAAUGAUACAACUUUUUGGUUGGGAUGAUAUCAUCUGCCCUCUAGUUGCAGCAAAAUAUUUAAGUCAUUUCCUCCAAAACAGCAUGUUAUGUGAAGCACUUUCUUAUUCAGGCUGUGUAUCUUUUCAAGCCUUAACUAUAAGAUCAUGGAUCCGUUGCAUUUUGCAAAUGUAUAUAAAAAGCCUCAGUUUACCUGAUGAUUUAUUAAUUGAUAUAAAUCUGGAACAGGCAGUUGAAAAAGAGUACAUGGAACAGUUGUCCGAACUGACAAGGUUGCUGUUUAAACUCUCAGAAGUAAAGAAUAUUUUCUCAGAGGCUCAAGUUGAAUAUUUACCCACCCCAGAAGACCCUAAAAGAGCACUAAUUCAAUUCCUUGAGGCUGUUGGUAUAACUUACAGGAAUCUGCAAAAACCUUCUGAUAAAUCUGCCAUGGUCAAAAAGUCCUUAGAAUACCUUGGUGAAAUAUUAAAAUAUAUAAAACCUUAUUUGGGGAAAAAAAUAUCCAGUGCAGGGCUGCAACUGACAUAUAGGAUGAUGGGAAUUCUUGUUAAAUCCUGGGCACAGAUCUUUGCUACCUCUGAAGCCCAAAAAUUACUGUUCCGGAUCAUAGAUUGUUUACUGCUGCCGCACUCAGUGUUACUGCAAGAGAAGGAGCUGCCUGCACCUCUGUUGACUGCAAUUCAAAAGAGCCUGCCUUUGUAUCUCCAGGGCAUGUGUAUUGUGUGCGGUCAGUCUCAAAAUGCCUAUUUGAAUCAAUUGCUGGGGAAUGUUAUUGAGCAGUAUAUUAGGCGGUUUCUUCCAGCUUCACCACAACAUGUUUUAGAUCUUGGACAACAUCCUGUUUUGUUGGCAUUGAGAAACUCAGCCACUCUUGCACUGAUGUCAUCUCUAAAGAAAUGCAUUGUACAAGUCAUAAGGAAAUCCUACUUGGAGAGUAAACCGAUCUUGCUUCCUCCACGUUUAGCAUCCAUUCUGGCUUUUAUCCUUCAACUCUUCAAAGAAACUAACAUGGACGUUUCUGAAGUUGAACAACUCCUCCCUGGUGUCUUAAAAUGCUUGGUGUUGGUUAGUGAACCCCAAGUUAAAAGGCUAGCCACAGAGAACUUGCAGUGUAUGGUGAAAACCUGCCAAGCGGGGUCAGAAGGAGAACCUGCCGCCCAGCUGACUGCAGUGUUUAGGCAUUUUAUCCAGGAUUAUGGUAUGAGAUAUGAAAAUCAGAUUUACAGCAUUUUAGAAACAGUAGCAGCAUUGGACCAGCAGGUUGUCAUCCACUUGAUUCCUACCCUCACUCAGACUCUGAAGGAUUCAGAGCAGAAAUGGGGCCUUGGCAGAAAUAUGACACAAAGGAAAGCCUAUAGCAAACUUCUAUCUCACUUAGGACAAGUGGGACAAGAUGAGAUGCAAAGACUGGAAAAUGAAAACAACUAAUAUGUUUGCAAUUCAUCUUUUUUAUUAAUUAUAACUAUCCAAACCCGGGUCGCAUCAUUCUCACCCCUUUUAAUUAAUUGUAUGCUGUUCUGUUAAAAUUAUUUUCUAGGAUUUUUUUUCCUUACAUACCUGUAAGUAUACUAAAUAUAUAAAUAAGUAAAUAAAGGUUCAUUAGGUAUCUUUUGGAAUCUCUGAAACUAAAUUAAAGAAACUUUUUCUAACUGGGAGUGUUAUCUGUGUAUAACAGUACACACUGGUUGAUCCAUGGACUUGUUACUGUAAUGUGACUUUGUGUCUUGUGACUUGUUUGUGUUUGUUGAGAUUUUUAUAAGUUAUCCUAUAUUAUAAAA